AUGCAGUGGAUCAAGAACGCGUUCAAUUUCCUGGCAAUCGCCGUCCUCUAUCUGGUCAAGCCCGUCCAUUAUCUGGCCAACCUGGGAUGGACCGUCAAGCAUCAGCCUAACUGCAGAUUCUGCAAGGAAGAGGCGUUCAGCAAGGAGGGCAGCAUCGUUUACGAGGUAAAUGAAUACCCCGAACCCUCCUGUCUAUGCGAGAAGCAAGCCUUUGCUAACCCGACUCCCCAGGAUGACCAUGUCCGAGCAGUCAACAACUUGAACAACUCGAGCACGCACCACUGGUUCAUCAUGCCCAAGGAGCACCUCCGCGACAUUGAGAACUUGACCAGCGAGCACAUUCCGCUUCGUAAGACUUGCGCAUCAAAGAUUUACUCCUCGCUAUUCUCUGCCACUAACCCGACUUGCCGCGUCCUAGUUGAAGCCAUGGAUCGGGUCAAGGAGCACCUGCUUGAGACCAUUGCAUCGCUUGAACUGCGUUUAUCCGUCCAUUCUGGCUACCAUCGAGGACGACGACACCUCUUUAGGGACAUCUACUUGCCCGACAUCAUUUCCAUCCAUCAUCUCCAUCUUCACGUCGUCGUCAAGUCGCGCCUAUUGCCGAAAAUACUCAAGUACUGGAAUCCGCUCCUAUGGAAGUCGGACGCCGCCGUGAUGAACGAUUUGAAGAAGCGCUAG